AACUACUACCGCACGGGCAAGCUGCACUGUCCCGCCGACGUGUGCGGGCCGCUCUUUGAAGAGGAGCUCACCUUCUGGGGCAUCGACGAGACCGACGUGGAGCCCUGCUGCUGGAUGACCUACCGGCAGCACCGCGACGCCGAGGAGGCGCUGGACAUCUUCGAGAGUCCGGACGCAGGCGGCGGCGGCGGCGGCGGCGCGGGGCCCGGCGACGAGGCCGGCGACGACGAGCGCGAGCUGGCCCUGCAGCGCCUGGGCGCCCACGAGGGAGGCGCGGGCCCAGGCACCGGGUCCGGGGGCUGCCGUGGCUGGCAGCCUCGCAUGUGGGCACUCUUUGAGGACCCCUACUCCUCCCGGGCAGCCAGGGUGGUGGCCUUCGCCUCCCUCUUCUUCAUCCUGGUCUCCAUCACCACCUUCUGCCUGGAGACCCACGAGGCCUUCAACAUCGACCGCAACGUGACUGAGAUCCACCGGGUGGGGAAUAUCACCAGCGUGCGCUUCCGCCGGGAGGUGGAGACGGAGCCCAUCCUGACCUACAUCGAGGGUGUGUGCGUGCUGUGGUUCACUCUGGAGUUCCUGGUGCGCAUCGUGUGCUGCCCCGACACCCUGGACUUCGUCAAGAACCUGCUCAACAUCAUCGACUUCGUGGCCAUCCUGCCCUUCUACCUGGAGGUGGGGCUGAGCGGCCUCUCCUCCAAGGCCGCCCGCGACGUGCUGGGCUUCCUGCGCGUCGUGCGCUUCGUGCGCAUCCUGCGCAUCUUCAAGCUCACGCGCCACUUUGUGGGGCUGCGCGUGCUGGGCCACACCCUGCGCGCCAGCACCAACGAGUUCCUGCUGCUCAUCAUCUUCCUGGCCCUGGGCGUGCUCAUCUUCGCCACCAUGAUCUACUACGCCGAGCGCAUCGGCGCCAGGCCCUCCGACCCGCGGGGCAACGACCACACCGACUUCAAGAACAUCCCCAUCGGCUUCUGGUGGGCUGUGGUCACCAUGACGACCCUGGGCUACGGGGACAUGUACCCCAAGACGUGGUCGGGCAUGCUGGUGGGGGCGCUGUGUGCGCUGGCCGGCGUGCUCACCAUCGCCAUGCCGGUGCCUGUCAUCGUCAACAACUUUGGCAUGUACUACUCCCUGGCCAUGGCCAAGCAGAAGCUGCCCAAGAAACGCAAGAAGCAUGUGCCGCGGCCGCCCCAGCUCGAGUCGCCCAUCUACUGCAAGUCGGAGGAGACCUCGCCCAGGGACAGCACCUACAGCGAUGUCAGCCCCCCAGCCCGGGAAGAGGGUGUGGUCGAGAGGAAACGGGCAGACUCUAAGCAGAAUGGCGACGCCAGUGCGGUGCUGUCGGACGAGGAGGGAGCUGGCCUCACCCAGCCCCUGGCCUCUGCCCCCACCCCCGAGGAGCGCCGGACCCUGCGCCGCUCAGGCACCAGGGACAGAAACAAGAAGGCAGCCGCCUGCUUCCUGCUCAGCGCCGGGGACUAUGCCUGUGCCGAUGGCAGUGUCCGGAAAGGCUGUACCAAGUCCCGGAGUCUAAACAACAUAGCCGGAGCGGCUGGAAGCAGUCUGGGGCUGUCUCCACUGGCAUCGCGGUACAGCUCGCCCUACCCUCCAAGAAAGCUCUUGCUCUCCCACCCCUUCCCACCCCUCACCAGCCCACCGCCUGGCCACUGUGCCCCUUAGUGACGCCUGGACUCUGUCAUACACACACCAACAGGCACACUCACCUGCCUCGUGCCCUUGUCCCUCCUGGGGCCUGUAGGGAGCACAGGAGGCCACCCGUCAGGACAAACUUUGGUCCGAGCCUCUUGUCCACAGCACCCAGCUCUCCAGAUUAUUCAAGGGGCAGGUGACUUCCAGAGCUGCUCCCCUGUGCUCCACCCUGGCCAAGCUCUUCUGAGCUACAGGUACCAGCACAUCCAGGGCCCUGCCUCCCUCUCAGGGUCCCACAGGCCAGCCUGGAUGGCCAGGCCCAUCCGGGAAAGGUCCAUGGUGCACCCAGAACCGCUCAGCCUUGCUGGGCAGCCAUGCCUGCAUUAAUAUUUUUAAUCACAGCAAAUGCACUGACCUGCUUCGUGGCCUUUAACCAGUAACCAAACAACCUGUCUGUCUGUCUGUCUGUCCAUCCCACGCAGGCAGCGAGCAGGGAUAAAGGAAGUUGGACUCCCAGCAGGGCAGUGCCCACAGCAGUGGUGCCCUGGGGGAAGAGGUCUGAUGCUUUCCAGCUUGGGCCUGGGGUGCAGGUGGGGCUUCCUAGAGGCGGAGCCUCAGGCUUGGCACAGCCCGGGGCUGGCCACCUAGGCACAGGAGGACCCUUGUCUCUGGGGGGCCCCUGCCUGGAUUCAGCGGGUGACAGCCCGCCGCGGUGCCCGGCAUCCCAUCUGUGCCCCGAGCUGCGGUUUCUCUCGCACUGCUUCCUCUGCUUCCGCGACAGUUCUCCUCCUCUCCAGCUUCCCUCAAACGCCCAGCCUCGCUUCUGAGUCACCUGCCGCUCCCACCCAGCCUCUGCGCUCUGUUUUCCUGCCAGAACCGGAGACUCAUCUAAUUUCUAUAAUUAAGUGUAUUCAUUUACCUAACGAGCCCAGGAGCACAACACGUUUGUGAGUCACGGGCGAGCAGGGUGCACGUUGCGCAGGGGCAGCUGAGGGGAAGUGCCGGCGCACCUGCUCCUGCCAGCCAGCCCCUCCCCCAGCAGGUCCUCCUUGGACCGGGGACUGAGGAGCAACUGAGAACGCCUUGGCCAAGACAUUUCCUGUUUUCACCUGAUGGGAAUUAGACCUGACACCGGGACCGUGUGCCUGGCAAUUUUUAGAGUCAGAUUAUGCAGCCUUGUCGGGGGAGUGACUAAGAAAGGUCCCUGUGUGCUUCUCCCAGGGUGGGCAAAGGCAGGCGUGGGGAGGCAGCCCACAGCAAGGUUGGACUGUCUCAUGGGGUUGGGGGCCAGGAGCUUCUCCAUCUUGGGCAGACGUGGGAAUGUCUCAUCUGGAAAGGUCUGUUCACACUGGGCGCUAGGAUACCCCAAGCCAGCUGUGAUCCAUGGCGCCUGCCUCGCCCAUGCCCUCAGGAGGACAUGACCCCUGAGAGCCAAGAAGGACUCCAGGGGCGUCAGUGCCACCGCCCUUCAUCAGGGGACAGGCCCCUUUAGGUGGCAGGUGGCUGGGGCACGCACCAUCUUCACUCACAGCUGAGUGUGAGAGCCCAGCUUCCCCGUGCAGCAGGGCUCCCUGGCACCGAGGUCUGGGGUCUGCCGGGGACACGGGGAGCCAGGUGUGCAGCUGGGCGUGGGUGCCACAGUUUCUCCUCUGACUCGCCGCUCUGGUUCGGGGAGCCGAGCCGGCUAUUUCUGUGGCAGCCCUCGAGUUGUCAGGAGCCCAAGUUUCCACGGCACCCACCGCCUCCUUGCCUCUCUUGCCUCCCACGGGGAUGGGCAUGCUCAUGGCACCCCUGCGGUGGGCACAGAUGUCCCUGGGCGACACACCCAGCAGUGCCAGGCUGGAGCCCCUGGGGGUCUUGGGAGCUGGGCCCUCACCGUCCCUUCCUGGCUCUGUAGGGGAGACAGGACCCAGCUGAUGGGAGGGCUGAGUGGGCUCUCUGUCACCAACUGCACUUCUCUGGCCCUUCCCGGGACCUGGAGGAGGGCAGCGUGAGUCCCGGCAUGUGCCUCAUGCUCUACGCUGGCAGGUGGCAGCCUGCAUAGGCCCCAGGCACCCCACUAGGCCUUAGGCCUCGCUCCUCGGGAGAAGGCUGUCUCCUACCCACGGUCUGAGAGUGCAGCUUGCUUUCCCUCACUUGGACUUAGACUUGGGCUUGGUCCUGCCCCCGUUGCUUUGGCUUUUAGAUGCCUUCCCUGCAGCUGGGCCUUGGCCACUUCCCUCAGAGCAGGCAAGCAGCCAGGUGGGAGUUUUGAAACCUGCCUUCCAGCCCAGCCUGUACCAGGGUUCCUGCCAGCCCCGAGGUUGCUCCCCAGCCCCUGAAGCUUCUGAGAGGAAGGACUGAGAGGGAAGUGACUUUCUCCUGGAGCCAGGGCUCACGAGGGUCAGAGGGGAGGUCGCCCUGCUGCACCCCUGAUGGGUCAGAUAGGGAGAGUCCAGAGAGAGCCCUCCCCAAUGCUCAGAGAUCCCUGAGGGCAGACGUUCGAGAGAAAGCAGCCUACUGCUGUUCCCUCCCUAGAAUGGGCUUUAAGCCCACCACAGCUAUCCAGGACCUCCUGGGAGCCCAGGGGCCUCGGAGUUGGGUACUGUCGAGGUUCCUUCCUGACUAGUCAGUGUUAGGAGCACAGGGCAAGGCCACAGCUCUCUGCUUGUCGUCAGGACAAGGGGCCCUGAAGAGCCUGGGGUUCUCUGAUUUCCUCCAGGGUGGCACUCAAAGGCCCAGAACACUCCUGGGCCAGGGGGCGGUGGUUGAGGAGGUAGUGACAGCGUCAUUCCAAGACGAGAACAGCCUGUCCCUAGGAAAGCAGUGGAGGCUUUCAGCAUGGCCGCAGCCCAGAAGGCUCUGGAUGCCACAUCUGACCCCUGCUUUGGCGAGAGGCUGGGCCCUGGGCCCCAAAUCUAAUAGCCUCAGGGGUUGUCUCAACGCUGACCUGGAGGGAGCUGAAACCCCACUGCACUAUCACGCAGCUCUGCAGCUGGGUCUGAGCAGCCUCACUGCCUGUCCUGCCUGCUGCUCCGCGGACAGCAGGGGAAGAGAAGUCCCAGGUCCCAGACACACCGGGCUGAGGCUGGGCUGCUGAUCGGGGCCCUCCGAGGGGGUCCUAGUAGGACGGUGCUGUUGGCCUUCUCUCCCGGAGCGUCCCCUUCAGUGUUCGCCCCACGCUGCUCGCCCUCCGACCUCUGGGCUCCUCCUGCCACACUGAGAAAGAGCUGGGUGGAGAUGGCACCAUACUCGGGCACCUUCUUCACCAACUCUUGGGACGAGGGGCUAGCCCGGGGUGGGGGUGCUGCAGAAGCAGAUGGAGAGCUCAGAUUGGGUAGGCAGUAGCCAGGGUGUGCCAUGGGCCACGCCAGGAACUUUCCCUAGUGUCCUCACGCCACGCUGCAGAGCUGUGGUCCCUCUGCCCAUGGCACUGGAGCUGCUGCUACCUGAGCAGGUGUGGAGACGAGCUGCAGCACCAGCUGAGGCACCUCGGCCCAGAGCUGAGUUGGUGGAGGGGUGGUGGAGGGCUUGCCUGUUCCCUGCCCUUCCUGGCUCUGAGCCCUGGGUUGCUCCUAGCUCUGCUCCUGGCCUGCUCCUUAGUCCAUAGCCUGUGGGUCAGCAGCUGGCUUCCUUCUAACCUCUCCUUCUUUGUUUCUCCCUUUCUCUUGCUGAACUCCUUGCCCCCUUUCCCCCCCUCCCCCAGAAGGCAAUGUUGAGCCGAAAGCGUGCGUCCCAGUGUCUCACACCUGUGCUCUUUAAACACAGAGACCUGCCAAGACGCCCUCUCGUCCAACUAUGCCCAGGCUGAAGUCCUCACUCUCUCCUAAAGCGGCACCAACGUGAGAGACAGGCAGACAGACAGAAAGACAGCCAGAGGCUUAGGGGAACUCUGGACCCCAGGCAAGACUCUUUCGCUGGGAAGGACUCAGCUAUCCUUGUUUGCACAGGACUGGUGGAAAACCUCCCAUGCUACCCUCGGGGCCCAGAGCCAUCUGGGUGUGAAGCUCUACUGUACAUUGAAGAGAUAUAUAUGCACAUAUAGUAUCUAUAUUCAUACAUACUCUACUCUUGGGUGUAGUGCACGUGCUAGUGGUAGUCCGUCUUCUUUGUAAGCCUCUGUCUGCCAGCCCUUCCCCCACCCCGAGAUCCCCAUCCUCUUUCCCUUGCCAACUCCUUGUUGUUUUCUGCUGACCGUGUGUGUGUGCGUGUGCGUGUGUGUGUGUGUGUGUGUGUACUGUCCCAGGAAAAAUGCACGUGGGAACUGCCCGUCCAGCUGGGAGGUCCCCGGCUGCUCUCUCCUGGGGGGGGUGGUUUCCUCUGCCAGCAGGUGGCCUGUGGAAGUCCCUCAAGGGCCAGACUACCCCCCCCCGGGUCCCUGCUCCACCAGCCCCACCCCACCCCAGAUUGGGGUUCUACCUCUACCCCGUGCCCCAGUUGUGGGGAGACUUUCAGGGGCCCCCCCUGAAGCCUCCUCCAUGCCUUUCUCCACCCCUGUCUGUGUCCCGGACUGAGGGGGGGCAUUUUGUCGUCUUAAUUUUUUUUGUCUCCUCCGUCUGUUUGUCUACAAAGAUGCUGCUGGGCAGGCGGGCAGGGAAGGGGUCCGUCUGCCCACGUGGCUCAGGGGUGUGAGAAGGGGACGCCUCGGGCGAGCGGAGACCAGUUGCAAUACUGUACUUCCUGGCUAGCAGCCAGCGGACGCGUGCAAUAGCAGAGGCCAGGCGACCCCUUCAGCCGCGGCCUCUGCCCUUCCCUCAGCCCUCCCUCCCUGCCCCACCUCGGUGUUGGUCCGUCCCGUGUGUCCGAGGCAUGCCUAGGCCGGGCCCACCGCCCUGUCCGCAUGCCUUCAGCUGUCAUGCUGUGCUCGAGCCCCAAUAAAGACAUCUGGAGCAAUGUG